AUGACAAGUAUCGAGCAGUUGUUUGGCCGUUCCUCUGUGGACAUCUUCAUUCCAUCAUCUGAAUUAUCACUGACGACGAUUACUGACUACGCUGGAUGGGCAAACCGAAUCCAAUCACGCAAAUUCGCGUUUUACGAUGAACACCUCCCACUCAUACUCUCACUCCGUAUCCCUCUCUCUUCUUCUUCAUCAGACACACCACCAACCAACGUGCUCACUCUCCUAUCCCGCACCCAGCUCACCCUAGAAGCAGCCUACAUCGCCCCCACCCACCCAUCCACACCUCUCAACCCUCACCCUCCCUCCGCACGUCCCUCCUCCGCACUCUCCCUCCCCCCGUCAAGAGCAGCAUCACUCCGCCCCUCAGCGCUCAGCGUUCCUCCCCAGACGCCUGUUCCUACCCCGGGCACAGCGGACUGGGACAGGAAGUUCGCCAGAGCGGAGGGAGUGGUCAUGGGUACGUUCGUGUGGGGAGAGGGAAAAGAGGGCAAGGAUGGGAAGGAAGAGUUCAGGCUGCUUUGGUCAGAGAGGGACAAGGCUUGGAUAGCGCUGUUCACGAUGCAAGUGACGAUCUCCUACCUGCGUACCCGGUCCACAGACCCCCUUCUAUGCCUCACAUGCUCCGCAACACUGAGGGACAAGCCCCUUCCCCUAACCCCCGCCCGCAAGCCCUUACACUCCCUUUCCCCCCCCUCGCUCCCCUCCGAGCCCCCAACACCCAGCAGCGGGAGCAGCGACCUCCCCCCCUCCUCCUCAGAAGAGGAAGAGGAAGCGCCCAGGUUUGAGGAAGUGAACCUGCUCGACGGGCUGCUCCGGCCUCUUCCAGACCUAGAACUACCCUCGACCCGGCUAGCCCAAACACUGAGGCGCGAACUGUUCUCUCUCCCCCAGCUAGAGUCCCCCCCUUCCUCUGCCGUCCCUAGUACUGCCCCGACGCCUACGCCUACCCCUUACGCAUAUGCACACGCGCAUGCGAGAGCCAGAUCCGUACCGGCCAUAAUGCGCAAGGCGUUCCGCCGUGUGCUGCCCGUGGUUGGAGGGCUCAAAGUCCGGAUGAGGGCUGCCUUCCUCCCGCGUCCUUCUGGUGAUGGUCAUGGUCCACAUCAGCCUUCGGACGCCGACGCGGAGGAGGACGACGACCAAGUGGGAGAAGAAGGCGGGGAGAAUAGGAAAUGUGUCCUCUGCGUCGAAGUCGAGAACUCGGGAGAAGGCUACUCAUUCGAGUUGCAGCAAGUUGAUGUCCUUCUCAGCGGGGGUGAUACGCGCACUUUGCUCCUUUCCUGGGAUCCCGCCCAGUCUAGUGGGGGGCUCUUCCCUCUUAGACUGAAGGCACAGGAUCAGUAUAACCUCUUGUAUGACGUGAGGUUCACACCCUGGACUGCGGCUGGGACUGCGGCUGGGACUGCGGCUGGGACUGGGACUGGGAUGGGGGCGGGCGCAGCGGCGGGACAGGGCAAGUCUCGCCCAGCACAGAGGAGCGUAAGCAUCACCGUUCUAGGGCGGGCGUUCCUUCCCGUCCCCUCAAGUCCUCGGACACCGACGCUCGCUCGCCCGAAUGGCGCUAGUGCCGGCGCUGGUGCUGGUGCGGGUGCGGGUGCUGGUGCGGGGAAAGUCCCGGAGGUGGAGUACGUCACUGACAGUUUUCCUUCGACUUGGAAUUGUAUGAUCGACGUUACGCCUACCCAGCCAAGCGCGAGAGGAGGGGAAACGUUCCCCCCACCCACGGCCACCUCAGCCCCAGGAGCAGGAGCAGGAGCAGGAGCAGGGCAAGGGCAAGGGACAACGCCCAACCCCUAUGGGACAAACGCGAACCACCACUUGUCGCCUAUCGCCUCCCCCCUAGCAACAGAACAAGACAAACGGGCCACGCUAGCUGCUCUCCCUCUCCCUCCUGUCCUCCCUUCCGCACCCUCUAGGCGCCCACCACCGAGGAGCCACACCCUCCCCUCCCUCUCCUCCUCACUCUCGCUCAACACCAACCUCCCCCGCUCGCCCUCAUCCUCAUCGCCCAAGAACGCACCACGCGCGAGCCUCAUGACCCUCCUCGGACCGAACGGAGUACCCGUCGUCGUCCCCUCCCCUUCGGCGGGUUCGCCCCGCCGCAGCGCGGGGCAGAGACCGCCUGCGACGCCCGUGUACCCCCCGCAGUCGGCGACGAGGGAGAGGAAUCGGGUUUCUUUCCCGCCGGGGAACGUCAGUCCCAGCCCCGGGAUGGGAAUUCCAGCGCCCACCAGCGUCUACCCAUCCCAAGUCCAAGUCCAAGUCCUAUCACAACCCCAAAUGCAAAUGCAAGUCCCAACAGAACCAGUACUGGUAAGCAUCGCACUCCAGUACCCGGCCCUGGUUGUACAAGACACCCUCCGCCUGCUGGAUAUGUUCAACCUCGAGGUGUUCGUCUUCAACCAGUCGAGUAGCGUCCGCCGGCUCGUGGUCAGUUGUCCGCCUUGGCGGCCCAUACCCGGUUCGACCGGCGACGACCAAGUCCAGAACUCGCGCGCCGCUUUCAUCCCGCUAGAGAACUCCAAGCCCCUAGGCCCACUCCAGCCCCACACAUGUCAGUCCGUCCAGCUGCCAUUUCUCGCCCUGCGCGCAGGGGUACAUGUGGUGGAUAUGCUCGAGCUGAGGGACGAGGAUACGGGGUAUGUGCUCUGUUUGAGGCAGGUCGCGGUUGUUGUCGUCCGGGAGAUGGGAGAGGUUGUGAAAGGGGAGAAGGUGAAGGAGGUGCUUGAGGUUUAGUGGAGUAUCGGACGAUGGGCGAUGAGCAUUGGGCAUUGGGCAUUGGUGAUCGAAGGCGGAGUAUUGGAGCGGGAUUGUCCCUCCGGGAACUGUCCACGGACUGGACUAAUCCUGGAAUUAUUGGGCUGCUGCAGUUACAUUACAACAAAUGCGCUGUUGCUGGGUAAUGUAAAGCGUUA